AUGGAUUUAGCUCUCAACUUCAUUCCAUGGUUACUUCUUCUACUCUCGAUUCCCUUUACAUCAUCUCAACCCAACGCCACCGAUACAAAACCGUUACCGUCACCGUCUCCGCCUUCAGAUUCCGAUCUAUGCAACGGAGUAUUCGUUUCGUACAUCCACACCAAAGGAUCUAAGAUCCCACCAAACGACUCAACAAAUCAGUCCUACAGAUUCGAAUCUGUGAUCACAGUGCUUAACCAUGGCCGAAACGAGCUCAAAUCAUGGCGUGUAUUCGUCAAAUUCGCACACCGCGAGAUCCUCGUGUCCGCUACAAACGCCGUACUCUCAGAUGGCUCGAGUUUCCCAGUGAGCGUCGAAAACGGCACCGUAUUUGCUGGUUAUCCUUCGUCGGAUUUGAAAUCGGCUAUUCAAACGGCCGGUGAUGUUACUCAGAUGCAAGCGAAGGUUGAACUCGUCGGAACUCAGUUCGGAGUUGCGCCGCCGACUGUUCCGCUUCCGAAGAAUCUCACUCUCGUUACUGAUGGUUGGAAGUGUCCCAAAGCCACCCAAAAAGGUAAGAAUGUUCUGCAAGUAUGUUGUAUGCCGGAUCCAGACUAUGAUAACACAGACAUCAUUGAUAAUGAGUUUCUUCCCCGACAAAAUGGAGAUCUCACUAUCAUGUAUGAUGUGGUCAGAUCAUAUGCAUCAAAUUAUAUGGCACAAGUCACUAUGGAGAAUCAUAACCCACUUGGCCGGCUUGAUAACUGGAAACUGAGUUUUGACUGGAUGCGGGACGAGUUUAUCGACACCAUGAAAGGAGCUUACCCGAGUCUUGUUGAUUCAUCGGAUUGUGUUAACGGCCCACAGGCGAAGCACUAUCAAGAUCUCGACUUUUCCAAUGUGUUAAGCUGUGCAAGACGGCCAACCAUCAUAGAUCUCCCUCUUACGAAAUAUAAUGAUUCUACGUUCGGCCUUAUACCAUUCUGCUGCAGAAAUGGGACGAUUCUGCCACGGUCGAUGGAUUCAAGCAAGUCGAUCUCAGCUUUCCAAAUGCAGGUUUACAAAAUGCCUCCGGAUCUUAACAUCUCUGCUCUUUCACCGCCUCAGAACUGGCGGAUCAACGGUACGCUAAACCCGGAUUACAAGUGUGGCCCUCCUGUUCGAGUGAGCCCGAGCCAGUUCACCGAUCCUAGUGGAUUACCCUCAAACAAGACAGCUUUUGCAAGCUGGCAGGUAGUCUGCAACAUCACCCAACCAAAAGAUGCGAGUCCUAGAUGCUGUGUAUCUUUCUCUGCCUACUUCAACGACUCUAUCAUCCCGUGCAAGACUUGCGCUUGUGGGUGUUCCAACAACAAAGUGGCUCGCACGUGCAGCACAGCCUCCCCAGCUAUUCUUCUACCCCAGCAAGCUCUCCUGGUUCCAUUUGAGAACCGAACCGAACUUAGUAUCGCUUGGGCUUAUCUAAAACAUCGACCUGUGCCAAAUCCAUUGCCUUGUGGGGAUAACUGCGGAGUUAGCAUCAAUUGGCAUUUGGCUACAGAUUAUCGAGGCGGAUGGACAGCCCGGGUCACAGUCUUCAACUGGGGAGAAACAAACUUUGCUGAUUGGUUUACUGCCAUUCAAAUGAAAAAAGCUGCACCGGGUUUUGAGAAAGCCUACUCGUUCAACGCAACUACACUUGGUAUCAACGGGGAGAACAACACUAUAUUCAUGGAGGGUCUUCCGGGAUUGAACUAUCUCGUAGCAGAAAGCGAUGGUGAGAACCCAUUGAAGAACCCUCGGAUUCCCGGGAAACAGCAGUCUGUUAUGUCCUUCACUAAGAAACUAACUCCUGGGAUCAAUGUCCGUGGCGGAGAUGGCUUCCCGAGCAAAGUAUUCUUCAACGGUGAGGAGUGCUCUCUCCCAUCCAUACUCCCAAUGAGCAGUAACAGCCACCCCCGGAAACAUUUCUCCGUUUUUCUACUGGCAUUACCGGUUUUGGCUCUCUUGGUUCUGCGUGUAUAA